AUGUGCGAUUCACGUCAUGGCCUUCUUUACGGCUACGGUACUGCUGGUUUCCGCCUCAAGGCCCACCUUCUCACCUCAGUCGUUUUCCGCGUUGGAUUGCUCGCUGCCGUCCGCUUGAAGAAGCUGAAUGGCCAGACUAUUGGUGUCAUGAUCACUGCUUCUCACAACCCUGCAGAGGACAAUGGUGUCAAGCUUGUUGAUCCCCAGGGUGAGAUGUUGGAGGGAAGCUGGGAAGCGUAUGCUACUCUCCUCGCCAACGCUCAGACUGACAAUGAGCUUGUCGUCACGACCACCAAGACCGACAUGGGCGUCAAGGCCAAUGUGAUCUUUGCUAAGGACACGCGUUCCUCUGGUCCUAGUUUCGUCGCUGCGCUCCAGGCUGGUCUUACCGCCAUGAGCUCCGAGUACAAGGACUACGACAUUUUGACUACUUCUCAUCUUCACUACCUCGUCCGCUGCAUCAACACCGCUGGUACUCCGGCCGAGUACGGUGCUCCUACUGAGCCUGGUUACUACAAGAAGUUGGGUAAGGCCUUCAGGACACUGAUGGACGGGAAGACUCGUCUCAGCCCUGUGUUUGUGGACUGCGCCAACGGUGUGGGUGCACCAAAAUUGAGAGAGUUGAGCAGGGUCGUCGGUAAGGACAUCUUGGACGUGCAAAUCGUCAACAGCGACAUUGAAAACCCCUCAAAGCUCAACUCCCAGUGCGCUUCCCCUCAGGACCGCUGUGCCUCCUUCGAUGGUGACACCGAUCGAGUUGUCUACUACUACCUUGACCAAGACUCCACCUUCCACCUCCUCGACGGUGACAAGAUUGCUUCCCUCGCUACCAUGUUCAUCCAGGAUCUCGUCAAGUCCGCAGGUCUGGAAGAGGAGAUCAAGGUCGGUGUCGUGCAGACCGCGUACGCAAAUGGUGCGUCUACGGUUUACUUGCAGAAGGUCUUCGGUGUCCCUGUCACUUUCACGCAUACUGGUGUCAAGCACCUCCACCACACUGCGCAGCGCUAUGAUGUUGGUGUCUACUUUGAAGCGAAUGGACACGGUACCGUUCUUUUCUCCCCCGCUACUCUCAGUAUCAUUGAGGCUGCUAAGCCUCAGAGCCCUGCUCAGCACACCGCAUUGCAGAGCUUGCGUGCGUUAUCUGAGUUGAUUAACCAGACUGUCGGUGAUGCUCUCUCUGACCUCCUCAUGGUCGAGGCAAUCCUUGCGCACAAGGGCUGGGGACCCAUGGAGUGGGAUGAUGCCUACACUGACCUCCCUAACCGACUGGUUCGUGUUGUCGUCAAGGAUAGACAUGCCUUCUCCACCACUGACGCUGAGCGAAGACUCGUCUCCCCCGCCGGUAUCCAAGAUCGUAUCAAUGCUCUUGUUGCCAAGUACAAGGGUGGUCGUGCGUUCGUCCGCGCAUCUGGUACGGAGGACGCGGUUCGUGUAUAUGCUGAGGCUGGAACGAGGAGUGAGGCCGAUGAGUUUGCGUGCAAGGUUGCUGGGUUGUUGACGGACUACUAA